AUGUGGGAUCCACGGCUCAUUGUGGUGUCAAAGUCGGCUGGUGAAGGGCUCAUGGUCUCUGGAAAAACUCUGCUGAAACGCCUGCUAUUUACAUUUAGAGGACCACUGGAAGCAGCUGAUAUUUAUGCCCAAGUCUUAUACCAUGCUAUCAUUGCCGUCAUCAUUGUGUCAGCAACAUUUACUCGAUCCUCUGGUGAUUCUCGCUAUUGGCCAAUUGCUUUCAAGAGCAUUCAGCAGCGCGUGUCUCUUAUGGGUGUCACAUUAGCAACAAGCAACAUUGAGUCGUGUCUUUUCUGUGCUAUCAAGGUUUAUCCAUCGCUCAAGGCAUUCGUCGUCAAGUAUAGCUCCUUUCCUUUGAAAAAGACUAUCAGCAUUGGUCAUUGUAUGGACAUCUCUGCAGCAGGGAAAUUGGUUUUGGCUCCUGGGAUGGCAUCAGGCAUCGUAGACUUUCGUAUGGCUCUGGCUAAGUAUUGUUCCCACUGUCAGUGGCGAUCCUAUUGCUUCGAAGACGACGAUCAGCAUUUGAAUUUGGGUGGAUUUCUCGGAAGCAAGCAAUCGAUCUCUGAUACAUGA